AACAAAAUUUCAUUGAUUGUGAUAUGAGUGCUAAAUAUUGCAAGAAUGCAUCAAGCGGGCGGAAAAAGUGUUCGCCCCAAAAAUAAAUACACAGCUGAAGCCCUAGAGACCAUCAAACAGGACUUGACCAGAUUUCAAGUUCAAAAGGAUAAUGGAGGAGGAGUACAGAAUUUCAAUCACCCACGAUAUACUACCGCUGUCAACGGCCGAUCCGAUGCCCCCGAAUACCAUCAUGGCAUCAAACCACCGAUGGAGCCACCACCGCCAUCGGUCAGCUCAUCAUCACCUGCCCUACCACCACCACUACCGACAGCAGCCCAGCUCAAUGGACAUGUGCCAAAAGUAAUGCCCCCGUCCAUUGUACCACCCAAACUCAUACGCAAAGCGAGCAUCGAACGUGAAAUGCCCAUUACGAAUUAUUUACGCUGCAGUCCGGCAUUGGAUUCAGGGGCGGGUAGUUCACGUUCCGACAGCCCACACUCACACCAGCAAGUAAUGUGUGCCAGUCGUGCCAGCACUGGUCAAUAUUCACCAUCACCGUCAAAUUUUAGCGAUGCUGCACCGCCCGCACCUCCACCUCGAAAUCCAACCAGUGGCAGUUCGGCGACACCACCGCCGCCACCACCAUCAUCAAAUCAAAUUUACAAGCGUCGUUCGCCGGCCACCACCCGUCCUGCAGCCAUAACACCGAAUCCGACACGCGGCACCUCGCCGGUAAUACCACAAAACGGUAUUAAGGCCCAGCAGCAGCUGACGCAACAAAUGAAGGCGUUGAGUUUGUAUCAGGCUGGAGGCGGCAAUGCUGUGGAACCACCACCGCCCUAUCCCCUAACUAGCGGCGGAGUAGUUGUGCCCACAUCAGCGCCGCCACCCAGUUACAAUGCCUCAAUACAAUCCCGGCAAUCUCCUACACAGUCUCAGUCGGAUUAUCGCAAAUCGCCCAGUAGUGGUAUUUAUUCGGCAACGUCGGCGGGUUCGCCCAGCCCCAUAACGGUAACAAACAGUGCAAUUCUUCCACCACCGCCUAUGCAGCCAUCAUCAUCAGUGGCGCGACCACAGCCUCGUGUCUAUCCGACAAGAACCCAGCAGCCGAUAAUUAUGCAAAGUGUCAAGUCAACCCAAGUGCAGAAGCCGGUCCUACAGACAGCGGUGGCACCCCAAUCACCGGUCACAGCAUCGGCCUGCAACUCUCCAGUCCAUAUACUUCCAGCACCGCCAUCAUAUCCACAAAAGAGCCCCGCUGUGGUACAACAACAACAGCAGCAGCAACAAUCACCGCUACUGGCCGGUGGCGUACCAACCACACAUCCGGUAGUUAGUAAAUCGACACCGCCAACACCCACAACUCCUCCCCUAAUUGCCAAUGCGCUGAACGGCACAGUUAUGACCAAGUCGCCAUGUGCCGAACCGCCUUCGUAUGCCAAAAGUAUGCAGGCCAAGGCUGCCCAGCAUCACCAGCAACAGCAUCAUCAGCAGCAGGCCGCCGCCCUACAGCAUCAACAGCAGAUUCAGGCUCAGUUGAGGGCAGCGGCGGUGAUAGCUGCUGCUGCAGCUCAACAACAGAAGCCGCCAGCCGUAGUGCCGGUGGUGGGAGGUGGUCGGCAACUGCCGCCGCCACCACCCUAUCAGAGUACACGAUCAGCAGUUAGUGCACCACCGCCUCCACAUCCGUUGCCUUCGUCUUCGCCACACGAAGUGGUCGGCAACAGUACGAACAACAAUAUUAUGGAAUCACGAUCAACGAAUGGUAGCGGCGGCGGAACGGCUCCCUCUUCAACAAACAGCAACAACAACCUUUCACCCAUAACGAAUAGUAAUUUAGCCACAACACCCCCCAUACCGCCUAGCAAACCAAGCCAAAAUAAUUCUGGCAGUGGUGGAGAAUCGGUGGCAUCAUCCUCUUCCGGCGGAGGAGGAGGUGGUGCCGCCGCCGUCUCUGCCUCCAGUGCUGCUGCUGCCAAAUCAAGUCCUCCCGAAAAUGUGAAAAAAAUCAAACACGCCUCACCCAUACCUGAACGCAAAAAAGUCUCCAAAGAAAAAGAAGAAGAACGCAAAGAAUGUCGCAUACGUCAAUACUCACCACAGGCCUUCAAAUUCUACAUGGAACAACACAUCGAAAAUGUUCUCAAAUCCUAUAAACAGCGGACGUUCCGUAAAAAUCAACUUGAAAAAGAGAUGCUGAAAAUCGGCCUCUCCACCCAGACCCAAGUGGAAAUGCGCAAAAUGCUCAAUCAGAAGGAGAGCAACUAUAUUCGACUGAAGCGUGCGAAAAUGGACAAGAGUAUGUUCGUGAAAAUCAAGCCGAUCGGUGUGGGUGCAUUCGGUGAGGUGACGCUGGUGCGUAAAAUCGACACUACCAACCACCUGUAUGCCAUGAAAACGUUACGCAAAGCCGAUGUCCUGAAACGGAAUCAGGUGGCGCAUGUUAAGGCAGAACGUGAUAUUUUGGCUGAGGCCGAUAAUAAUUGGGUCGUAAAACUCUACUAUAGUUUUCAGGAUAAGGAUAAUUUAUAUUUUGUGAUGGACUAUAUACCGGGCGGUGAUUUGAUGUCGCUCUUAAUUAAAAAGGGCAUAUUUGAGGAACCUUUGGCCCGUUUCUAUAUAGCCGAGCUAACCUGUGCCGUUGAGAGUGUACAUAAAAUGGGCUUUAUUCAUAGGGAUAUAAAACCCGAUAAUAUACUAAUCGAUAGGGAUGGCCAUAUUAAAUUAACCGAUUUUGGUUUAUGCACUGGUUUUCGAUGGACCCAUAAUUCGAAAUAUUAUCAAGAGAAUGGUAAUCAUGCCAGGCAGGAUUCGAUGGAACCGUGGGAGGACUUUUCGGAUAAUGGACAAAAACCAACGGUAUUGGAGAGGCGGAGAUUGCGCGAUCAUCAAAGAGUAUUGGCCCACUCAUUGGUGGGCACACCGAAUUACAUUGCACCCGAAGUUUUAGAACGAAGUGGUUAUACCCAAUUAUGUGAUUGGUGGAGUGUUGGUGUUAUUCUCUAUGAAAUGUUGGUGGGUCAACCACCAUUUUUGGCCAAUACACCCGUUGAGACACAACAGAAGGUUAUAAAUUGGGAAAAGACCCUACAUAUACCACCACAGGCGAAACUAUUACCCGAAGCUCAAGAUCUAAUUUUACGGCUUUGUACAUCGGCCGAUAAGCGCUUGGGCAAAAAAGCCGAAGAAGUCAAGGCUCACGAUUACUUUAAGGGUGUUGAUUUUGCCGAUAUGCGGCGACAAAUCGCUCCAUAUAUUCCAAAGAUUGAACAUCCAACGGACACAUCGAAUUUCGAUCCCAUCGAUCCGGAUAAACUGCGUUCCGAUUCGAAUAUGAGCGGUGAUGAGUUCAAUGAUACGGAUAAACCGUUUCAUGGGUUCUUUGAAUUUACAUUUCGACGUUUCUUUGAUGAUAAACUUAAUCCUGAUGUUAUGGAUGACCAGUCACCAGUGUAUGUAUGAGAGAGAGAGAGAGAGAAAAAUUGAAAUGAUC